CGCAUCCCGAGCGAUUUUAGUUGCGUUCCGGCAUUCGUACAAGCAGCUCUCUGGCGCGGCUCGCGGGAGACAAAUUCGCGUUUCGAGACUCGGUGUGGUUUUUAUAUUGGGAGGUGUUGGUCUUGGAUUUGGAGUUUGCCGAUUUUUCCUUAUUUGGGAUUGAGGGCCGGCUUUUUUCCGGUUGUUUUGUGGUUUGUGGGAGGGCUUUUUCCGGUUUUAUUUUCCAACGGUUGGAAAAUUUCGAAACAUCAGUGUGUGAAACAUUUUCGAGGAUUCGUUGCAUUCUGGGGAAUUUGAAAGCGCCGAAUGUCUCAGGCGAUACAGAUGAAUAACUUGGAAAUGUGUUUUGUGACAUUUUCUAGUGGAUUUUGAAUUUAAAUUUUGUGUGGUUUAUGAAAAGGCUUAUAAUUAUUUAGUGAAAAUCGUGCUUGGAGAGUCUUGAGUGCUUUUUGGGAUCCAGUGUUAAUUUCUCAUUGAAUUUCAGAUGCCAAAAUAUUGAAAGUGAAUUUCAGUGUAACAUCUACGAAGGAUAACAAGUGUCAUCAGUAAACGGAAACUUUUUUGCGGCUUAUGAAAAAGGAGAGAUAUAAUCAUCAGCAACAAUCAUUAAGAUCCAGCAUAGCCAACGACUCACCUGUAAGCCCAUAGCCAAUAAACAUACUCUGUAACAAACGUUGUCAAAACAAAACAACCAACCUCGCAACAGAAAUCGUGCUUCUUUUGCGGAGAAAUAAAAACCGACCCACAACAGAGAGGGAGCACAACGUGGUCGUCUAGAAGAGAGCAAAAAAAAAGAGACCGGGCGACUCAAUUAACAGGUUCCGGUCAACGUUGGGUACUUCACUAACUUGGAGUUUCCGCCAAAUUGGAACCGAAAGACCACGAAAAAUCGGGCAACCCCGUCCGGCCAAUUCGAAACGUUUUAAUUAAAACUUAUUCGUCGCUUUUCUCGGGUUCCACCUUUAUUUUCGAAUAAAAGGAAACGACGAAAUUGGACCACCAGUUCCGCCGUUUUGGCGGAAACUCGCCUCGAUGCAACCAGGAAGAAAGCGAGCGCACGUAAUUAGUGAAAUUAGUUUCACCGAAUGAAUGAAGUCCUGAUCGAGCGAAGGAGGGACCUUAAAAGCAAAAGAACGGAUAAAUUUGUUCAACGGCGAAAGACGUUAACGGGGAGCGGAAAUCAAAGGAAAUACACUUCCUCAAAAAAUAGUUUCAAAGAGAAUCUCCUCGGUCGUUGCAAUUAAAAAUGCAAUCCAAAAGGAUAGCGAGCAGUAUGAGGCUGUCGGUGGCUGUAGCCCUGUUGUACCUGUGCAGCUGUUGUCUGAUGUUAGCUGCUGCCUCAGAAUCGUAUCAAACGAGGUACACCCUAGAUGAGGCAGAUGCUCGGGGCUUGGCCCAGCGUAAUGGGGAGCAAAUUUCGGCCCGCCGGUUCAAACGGAUGUACGCAAUGUGUCCUCCGCAUUUCUUCCGCAUCGGAAACGAGUGCUACUUCAUAUCGCAGAAUCAGCUGAACUGGCUGGAUGCCCACUUUGAGUGUAAGGAUCGAAACAGCAAGCUGGCCGAGCCAAUGAAGUAUGAUGACAAGAAUUUGCGCAAGUUUCUAACCAUGUCUAAGGAGCGAAACUACAUCUGGAUCGGUGGCAAUUACAACUGGCGAGCGAACAAGUGGCAGUGGGGCUACAACGGCAAGGAUAUCGGUUACCAGUCCUUCAGUCAAAUGGUUCCCGGGAGCAGCCAGGAUCUGAAAUACCACUGUGCAGUGCUUAACCCCGACCUCAAGUUCAGGUGGUCGGCAAAGCUAUGCACAGAAAAGUUAAAUUUCAUCUGCCAACACAAGAUGCCAUUCGUGAACAGCCACAGCCGGGCCAAGGUUUACAACCGCUGGAAUGCCACCUUCCCCAAUGAGCUAGCCAACGAGGUAGAAGUGGUGGUCGCGGAUCAGCCCCGAAAUAGCAAACAGAGGGAUUACUACAGCACCGUUAGUAACACCACCGUCAAUCCGACCGUCCUGUAUCAGCGUAUCAAAAACAUGAAACACACCAACCGAACGCUCCGUGUCAGACCAUCCCGCCGUCGGGUUCCGAACCGCCGUAUCGACAAAGUUCUGCCGAAAAACGACUACAUCAGCAACGACAUCUACCGACGACCAAUCGUAGAAUAUGUGCAAGAUUCGACGAACGAGUUGAACGGAAAUGGAAACGGGCACCGGAAUGGAAACUCUCCCUACAGUCGAGGUUUCAACGUGGACAUUCACCGAACACGAACACCGAAGAAACACCACCGAUCGCAGAUCGAUCGAGAGAGAAAUCAUCACCAGCAUCGACACCAUCUGGGAGAACAAUCUAGGCCGAUGGCACCGGCAACAACGCCAAUUCAAACGACGACGCUGAGGACGACACCGAUGACAACAACCAGCACAACUACAACAACACCUCUGCCACCAACGAUGCCAGCAACCGAGAACUCCGGUAUCCGACAUCGAGUCGAAGAUCAGCAACAAGUAUACCUGCAGGAUCGGAAAGCCAAACGAGACAAGCUGCGCCAACGUUUGAACAAGCUGACUCCGGAAGAGCGAGAACAGUUCUACGCAGAGCGAGCAAAGCGAAAACGAACCAAGGCGGUGCGGGGCAAGAAUGAAACCAUUCCGUAGGAAGGAGAUCGCUAGCUAGCUAGUGUUUUGCGAGGAAGAACUAGUGGUAUGAAGUAAGAUUUUCCGUUCGGUACCUUAGGUAUUUAGCAAACGAGAGAGUCGCGAAACGUGAAGAUUUCUUCAGAAAGUUUAUAAUGAUGUAAGCAAGGAAUUGCUGGGAUUGCUGGAGGGGUCCAAGACCUCACGAUUCCCCAUCCUUGGAAAUGUGUUCCACGUUUCGAACACAAACAGAAAAUAUCCUUCAAGACUCCAAAACUAGAUUGACCAAUUCGUAGAAGGAAAGUUAAAAUUGCAGAUAUGAAUAAUUAUAUUAAUAGCCGUUUAAGAGUGGUUCCUAAGUCUAGUUCUACACAGUGAAAAAAAAAACACACACAAAUUAAAUAACCAUAUACAUGCACAUAAAGCUCUUCAUUUCGGUAAAAAAGGACAUAAUUCUUCCAGUUGAAUGAUAUAUUUAAAAAUUCACCAAAACCCAGUCGCUGAACAUAUAUUAUACAGCUAGAAAUUAAGACGUCAAAAUGGGAGCCACGUGAGAGUUAUUAUAGCUUUAGGAUUUUUAAAACUAUUAAUUAUUGCUUUCUCGUUGAAUAUUUUGAAAAAAUAUAUUUGUUGAUUUCCCGUCUAGAAAUUAAAAAACUUUUAAUUUAAAAAUAAAAUAGCAAAAUUCCAACAGUUUUGAGGACCAAAAAUAAGUUAUAGAGUGAAGGGUGAGUUCAAAAGUUUUGUACAUUAAAUCUCGCUUAACCAUCUCAAAGCUAAAAAAAAAUAUAUUAUUCAAGAUGAUGAAAUUUAAAGAAUGCGUAAAAUUUGCAAGAAUCCUACAAAGCAAGGAAAAUCAACAAUUCGAGAAUAUUUGUUGAAAAAAAAUGAAGAAAAACAACAUCGAAAAAAAAUCAAAUCGGACGUAAAUUUAGUCUUCAAGAUGAUGCCUUUUAAAUUGUUUUUGCAGUUUCAUGGAUAAAACUUAUGAAGUUUUACUUCUCUUAUUGGCACCAGUGAAAAGAUUGACUGCACUCGAAAUAUUUUAGUGAUUGAAAAAUACAAAAAAAUUGAACUCUGCUACGCCAAACCUUGCUGAAUUCAAUAUUGAUAAAUUCCUUUCGACAGUUUUGGAGGUAAAAAUCAACACUAAUAAUGCCAACAAUCAGUCAUUAUUUGUUAAGUUUAGUUUUUAACGCCUUUAUUCUGCUAUACCGAUAAUUUGAAGUUGUGGUGGAAAAGCAUUUGUAGUAGAUUAGUGAGCAUAAGCGAGCAAUUACCACAACAAAAAAGGAAAAAAAACUCUCAAUUUAAAACAAAAAGCAGUUUCCUCGAUAGAAAACAUCUUAAAACAAACAGACAGUGACUAAUUAACCGACAGAACUUAAAGCAAAAACCUGCAAAUAUUAACAUUUUUGCCAUAUUAACCAUAAGUUUCCUCAAAUUCCAAAAUUGUAAAAGUGAAAAAAAAAUAACGCAAAGGUUUAUCAGCCUUAACCUUAAUAACACGCUAAAAUCAAUAUGAAGUGUAGCGCAAAGUAAUACAUAUAUAGUGAUAUAAUUUGUUACAAAACUUUUUCUUCGCAUAUUUAAAUAAAAGAAAAAAAAAAGAACUCACAUAAAAAGUACACCAAACAAAACCAAGCAAACAGCAGUUAAAAUUUAUAAGCUAGCGAAAAAUUCACUGAAUACUAAGGAAGAGAAAGCACUUAAAGCAAACAUUGAGAGAGAAACAGAAACAAAAAAUUGUAAAGCUAAAAAAAAUACAAAUUUAAACAACGAUAUAUUGUUUAACACACAAGCACACUGUAUGACGAUCGUUGACAUAUCUUCUCAAGAGAAAAAAAAACAGAGUGGACCGAAAUUCAAAAGUGCUCAAAGUGAAAGUGAAUAAAAAAAACAGAAAACCCGUGAGCAAUCAACAAACAUGUAGGGAGACAUUGAGAUUUGGAAUAAAGUUGAACGAAAGAAA